GAAAAGCCAAAAAGAAAAAGAUUGUGGAGGAAUAUUAAUACAUGCCCACUUCACAUCUAUUUUUGUGCAACCUUCUUUCUAAACCUUCUCUCUGACAAUGGGAACCAUAGAGAAGAGUGUUUCUCAAGUAAACUUAACCUCCUCCGCCAUCUUCACCGUAUCUUCCUCCGCCGCCCCAGCCUCAUUAUCCUCAUCUACAACAUCUUCUUCUUCCUCUUCAUCAACAACUUAUAACUCUAAAAGAAAAGCAUCUCCAAGAUCAUUAGAAGUUCACGAAGAUGAUGAGAACGUCGUGAAACGGCGGAAGAUAAGCGGCGGAGAUAAGCAUCCAACCUAUAGAGGAGUACGGAUGAGGAGUUGGGGGAAAUGGGUGUCCGAGAUUAGAGAGCCGAGGAAGAAAUCAAGAAUCUGGCUCGGAACGUAUCCAACGGCUGAGAUGGCAGCUCGAGCUCACGACGUAGCAUCUUUAGCCAUUAAAGGUACAACGGCUCAUCUCAAUUUUCCUGAAUUAUCCGGGGAGCUUCCUCGUCCCGUCACAAAUUCUCCUAAAGACAUUCAAGCGGCUGCGACCGCAGCUGCAGUGAAUUGGCAAGACUUCGGCGCAAAUAGCCUCCGUGUGAGUAGUUCCGAUGUAGCUGAAUCAGCUGAAGCCGAGCCGAGUCGAGUAGUGAUGGCUCAGUCGUUGUCAGGUAGUGCGGGGUUUUCUUCGGACAUCAACUCUCAAGAUUUGUCGGAAACUUCGUGUGCUUCAACGACGUCGUUUGCGGAAAAGGACAAUGAGGAAGAGAAGUUGUUUGAUUUGCCGGAUUUGUUUACGGACGAGAUGAUCAUACGAAACGAUGUGUUCUGUUAUUACUCGUCCACGUGGCAGCUAUGUGGAGCUGAUCCUGGGUAUCGGCUUGAAGAGCCGUUUUUCUGUCUCAAUGACUAAAUCACACUCCAGAUCACUAACACUAAUUUGCCCUUGUUUAAUUUAUCUAUUUUAUGUUUUUUUAAAGAAAAUUCAAUUUGAGUGUUAAUGAUUGUUCAGUAAAGAAAUGAGUUAAUUUUGA